AUGGUAGUGUACUGGAAUAUACUAUUAGAAAUUAAACAAACAAUCAAAGAUUAUCAAUCUCAAAUAAUCACAGAAAAAAGCUUUAAAGAAAAGCUAAAUGAAUACCUGAAAGAUUUACCAACAGGAACAUUAAGACAAUUAGUUUGUAACCUCUUCUAUACAGUAUUAGAAAGAGAAUCUAAAGAACUAACAAAAGUAGUUCAAGAAAUAGAUAGACAAACAGAACCAAGCAAAUUGGUAUCAGAACAAAAGGAACGUUUAAAAGAAAUUAUUACUAAAAUAUAUGAAGAUAUUGAAGAACAACAGAAAGACAAAUUAAAACAACUAUUAGAAGAAUUAUUCCUAAUAAUAAGGAAAGAAUCAACCUUUGAUGGAAUACAAUUAAGAGAAGAAAACCUACUAGUAACAUUAUCAGAAAAUACUCAAGAUGAGUCAAAAGAAAAAGAAAGUUUUAAAAGCAUUAAAGCUACAAUAAUAGUAGCAACAGGAGCAAUAGCAGUUGGAAAGACAACUGCAUUAUUAGAAAUAAAAGACUUCUUUGAGAAGCAAGGAAUCCAAAAUUUAUUACAAUUGAAAAUAUUGGAAUUAGAAGAAAAAAUUAAUGAAAAAACAAUAAUACUCUUUGAUAGAGCAGUACCAGAUACAAUAAUAUUCAAAAUAAAUAAUAUCCAAGAUAUACAACAAAUGGAAAUACUAAGAAAAAUGAGAAAAGAUCUUAAAUCUGACAAACAAAUAUCAGAAGAAUAUCUAGUCAAUAUAUAUGACAAAUAUGAAGAAAUGAUUGAAAUGAUAUAUUCAAAUUAUAUAGAAAUCAACAACAAUCACAAAGAAUUAAAUGAUAUGCUUAGAACAAUAUUCAUCAAGAGAUCAAGAAUUGAAAAUGAAAAUCAAUUAUAUGAUGAAACAGCAUUAACAGAAUUAUCCAUAAUGCCUCCCGAAAUACCAAUAAAUCUAGAACAAGGAUAUACCAUAGUAAUACUAUUUAUGAAAAGAAAUGAGACAUAUUACAUAUUAACCUCACAAAGGAUAAACACCACAAUAUAUCAAAACCAAUAUCAAACAUGUGGCAGUAAAAAAAAAGAAUUUAAAGACUUUAGAACAUGUACAAUCAGAGAAGCACAAGAAGAAAUCAAUUUGAAAUUGAUAGUAGAAAAGAUACAAUUAAUCCUAAAACAUACUUAUUAUUCACACAAUAAGUCAGGAACAAAACCAACAACAAACAAAGAUUACCAAGAAGAUAAAAUUAAUCAAGCUAACUUGAUACAAAUACUAACAUAUCUAUAUUGA